UCCCUACUGUGGGUGAUUGGUGUGCGUCUAUAUAGGAUUGGAGACGCUCUGAGUCUAGUGCCCACUUGCCACGCGCUCCCCACAGGACUACCUGUUUUUUUUCUGUUUGUUUUUUUCCUUCGAGGAUUUACACUUUCAACUGACAGCAUGUCGGAGGGCAGGAAAAAGGAGAAGAAAGGGAGAACGAGUGGGGGGAAAAGAGCACGGAAAGAGGAGAGAGAGCGCAAAGAGAAAGAAUUGAGCGAUCCAACCACAGCUAAUGCCCCAAAGUUGAAGCGGUUGAGGAACCUGAUGGUGGAAGAGGGGAGCAGGCUCACGGUCAAGUGUGAGGCUACAGGAAACCCCAGCCCUACCUACAAAUGGUUCAAAGAUGGCAGUGAGCUCAAGAAAAGCAGAGAUGUCAAAAUAAAGUCCAGCCAGAGGAACUCCAGGGUCCAGAUCAGCAGAGCCAAGCUGGAGCAUUCUGGGAAUUACACGUGUGUGGCAGAGAACCUUCUGGGGAACUCCAACUCCACCAGCACUGUUCAUGUCCAAAGCAUAACGACCACACCGUCUCCAGGCUCGGGCCACGCCAGAAGAUGCAAUGACUCAGAGAAGGCCUACUGCGUGAACGGCGGCGACUGUUACUUCAUACAUGGUAUCAAUCAGUUCUCCUGCAAAUGUCCAGAUGGAUUCUUCGGCCAGCGGUGUUUGCAAACAGAGCCGCUGCGGUUGCGCAUGCCCAAUCCUUACAAAAAAGCUGAAGAGCUCUACCAGAAAAGAGUCCUGACAAUCACGGGGAUCUGCGUGGCUCUGCUGGUGGUGGGCAUUGUGUGUGUGGUGGCCUACUGCAAAACCAAGAGACAGAGGAAGAAGAUGCACAAUCACCUGCAGCAGAACAUGUGUGCAGAUCACCCAAACCGGAACCUUGCGAACGGACCCAAUCACCCAGGACCUGGCCCUGAGGAGAUACCCAUGGUAGAUUACAUCUCUAAGAAUGUGCCUGCAACGGAGCGAGUCAUAGGGCAUGUACCAGAGGACUCGUUCCCAGGCAGCCAUGCGUCUUCCAGAUCUCACAACUCCUCUACCCAUGCCCAUUCAUCCACUCACAGACACGAGGAGCGGACAUGGAGCCUGGAGCGGACUGACAGUGUCCUCUCAGACUCACCAGGCAUGAUGUCGUCCUCUGUGGGGACCAGUAGGUGCAACAGUCCUGCGUGCAUGGAGGCCAGGGCCAGGCGUGCCGCACACUGUGGCUCUACUGUGCCCCACCGGCCGGGCCUGCAGUACGAAGACUCGUUUGAUUCGCUGGGGGACUCUCCACACAGCGACAGGUAUGUGUCAGCCCUGACAACGCCGGCCCGCCUGUCUCCAGUGGACUUCUUUUACUCGCUGUCCCCGCAGGUGCCUUCCUUCCAGAUCACCUCCCCCAACACCAGCCAGGCCAUGUCCCUGCCACCCGCCGCCCACACCCCCUACCCCCCGGAGGAUGACCAGCCUCUGCUGCGGCGCUACCAGGUGCCCCUGCAUGACGUCCAGCGCCAGGAGCCCUACCGGCAGCAGCGCCGCACCUACCUGAACGACAGCACGGGCAGCCUGCCCUCUAGUCCCUACAGGCUGGCUGAGGAAGAAGACUACGAGACCACACAGGAGUACCUCUCCUCCCGUGAACAACCAAAGAAAAGUGGGACAGGCAGCGAUGGUGUUGGGGGUCGGCGCUUGCGGAGGUCCAGACAGAAUGGCUACGUAGCGCCGAGAGGAUACGAGGCCUCACAGGACUGCGGCUCUCGCAGCUGCCUGAUGGACAGCGAGUCAGAGGGGGAGGGUGAGAGCACGCCCUUCCUCAGUAUGCAGAAUAUGAAUGCGGAGCCCUCCACCAUCUGCAGGCCGGCCAACAGCAGGACUUCUCAGUCACACUCUUCGGGGCGGCACGGUGCACGUGGGACUGUACAGACCAGACAGACGCACUCACGGUCCAAACCGGACAAUGUACCGCAUUAAAGAAAGAAGAUGAGCUACCAACGAAAAUCAAUAUAGUAUAAACCUGCACCUAUACAAAAUAUUUUUAUUUUAUAUAACUGACAGAUAUUCUAAACAAAUGAAAUAUUUAUUUUCAUUUUUAGCAAAAGUUGUCUACUAGUUAACAGCAAAGACUUUUUUAUAGGGAAAACUCUAUUUAUAUGUACAUUUUGAUUUACAGUAUAAAAAGACGUGCCAAUUUUUUCACAACUUCAAAAAUUGAGUAAUAUUGUGGUGCCUUUUGCUGUAUUCUGAUGGCAGAGGGCCAGUGGAAGUUUUUGUAGCCUUUCUUAUAUGGACAUCAUUUUUUAUACACGUUUCCUCUUUUGUUUUCUUUUUUGGGCUUUGUUUUUUCUUCUUUUCAGGCUGCGUUCUUCUGGGAGUCGAGCCCCAUUUGAACAUUACCCUUCCCCUUCCACAUCAUGCAAUAUAAACCACUUAAUCAUAAGGUGUAUGUUUACAUGAAUAUAAUUCACCUAUAGGGUUUAUCAUUUUAGGACUCUCCAGUAGAAAAUCUGAUCAAUGCAACGCAGGUCCUUGCUCUGAGUGGGGAGGAGUGUUUCUGUGUGUGUAAGUGUGUGUACUCACGUGUUUGUGUGCGUAUGUGUGUGUGUGUGU